UUGGUCUAGUGGUGAGGCGUUUGGGUAAAAUGCAUGAGAUCUUCUUAGAUUCGAUUCUCAUAAAAAAAAUAAAAAAAAAUCUUGUACAUCAUACAAAACAAUUGUCUCUUCCUUAAAUAACCAUGCAACCAUCUUCACUAUUUGUCACCACAUUUCAAAAACUUCAGACUUCAAAGAACACGAAUGACACACUUGUCACUAAAUAUUACCUUGGUUUCAAUUGCACCAUACAAAAUCACCUUUGUACUUUUUAAGGAACUAGCUUCUCAUAAAGAAAAAAGGAGGGAGAAAGUGAAGAUUAGAAAUGGAAAAGUUCAGUUCAUGUUAUGGGAAGGAACUUCUUUUGGUUCUUGUUUUAUUAUCACAUAUUUCAUUUCAACUUGCAACAUGUGCCUCUAUAGUAAAAUUUCUUCCUGGAUUCCAAGGAACCCUUCCUUUUCUGCUUGAAACUGGAUAUGUGGGAGUGGGAGAAAAUGAGGAUGUGCAAGUGUUUUACUAUUUCAUUGAAUCAGAGAACAAUUCAAAGGAUGAUCCUCUCAUGCUUUGGCUAACUGGUGGACCUGGUUGCUCUGCUUUGUCUGGUCUUUUCUUUGAAAUUGGUCCACUUGAAAUUAUAAAGGAGGAAUACAAUGGUAGCUUGCCUAAUCUGAUCUUGAGGCCACAUUCAUGGACAAAGGUUUGUAGCAUUAUAUUUGUAGAUUUGCCUGUUUCCACAGGCUUCAGUUAUGCCAGAACAAAUUCCGCUUCUCAACGAAGCGACUCAAUACUAGUUCGACAAGCUCUUCAAUUUUUCAGGAAGUGGUUAGUUGAUCAUCCAAAAUUUCAAUCAAAUGAAGUUUACAUUGGCGGUGAUUCAUACUCUGGCAUUCCUGUUCCGGUAAUUGUUCAAGAAAUUGCAGAAGGAAAUGAAAAAGGUGUCAAACCAUGGAUAAAUCUCCAGGGAUACCUGACGGGGAAUGCUGCAACAACCGGAAAGGAAAAUAACUAUAAAAUCCCCUUUGCGCAUGGAAUGGGACUCAUAUCCGAUGAACUAUACGACUCACUGCAAAAAAACUGUAACGGAGACUACGUAAGUGUAGAGAACAGAAAUGUUUUAUGCGCCAGAGAUAUCAGUUCAUUCAAAGAGGCUACAUCCGGACUUAAUCCAGCGCAUAUUUUAGACCCGGAUUGUAAGUGGCUUGAUGAUAAUGGAAGAUUUCCAACAAGAUCUCUAAUUAAGAAAUAUCCCUCCAAGUUCCUCAGUACAAAUCUCGCAUUACCCGCCUUAAGCUGUCGAAGUUAUCCAUAUUUCCUUUGCGGUUUUUGGGCCAACGAUGAUAAUGUUCGCAAAGCACUGCACAUACGGAAGGGAAGUAUUGGAAAAUGGCGUCGUUGUAGCUAUGAUAUACCUCAUAAGAGGGAUAUCCCUAACAGCUAUGAUUAUCACGUAAAUCUCAGUAGAAAAGGCAUUCGUUCACUGAUUUACAGUGGCGAUCAUGACAUGCUAAUUCCAUUCUUGGGGACACAAGCAUGGAUCAGAUCUUUAAACUAUUCCAUUGUUGAUGAUUGGAGACAGUGGCAUACAAAUGACCAAGUUGCAGGAUACACAAGGACUUACUCUAAUAGGAUGACAUUUGCAACUGUUAAGGGUGGAGGACACACAGCUCCUGAGUACCGGCCUAAAGAAUGUUUUGACAUGUUUAGUAGGUGGAUAUCUAAGAGGCCUUUGUAGGAAUUAACAAAAAUGAAUUUGUCUUCUAACUUGCAAAGAAAUAUGUAUCACUUGGCUUGGCGCAUUGCAUAGAAUUAUUAAUUAUAGCAACAUUACAACAAGCAAACUUUCAGAU